GGGGAGGAGGGAGAGGAAAAAAGGGGAGGAGACACCUUUGUUUCUCAGCUUUGGUUUGUAAACAAGAGGAAGUCUAGACUUCCAGCUGGAGCUUUUCUGGGGGGGCCACAGCUCUCUCCGUGGGGUGUCUCCCCCCGCCCACCCAAAAUCUGCACCAACACCCUGUCACCCUGACCCAGACAGGCCUUGGAAAAGCUAAGAGGCUCUAUCAACGAUCGUCUUCGCUAUUUCUCCUUUGCCAGGGCUUUCAGGGAGCCCCUCCCCAAACAGCAUCCCCUCUAGGGACCGUCUGGUUCUUCACAACUCUCCUGCAGCUUCUCCCCCUUGCGUGACCCCACCACAAUGGUGAGGCUGUCCAAACCCAAAACUUUCCAAGCCUAUCUGGACAACUGUCACCGACGCUACAGCUGCGUGCAUUGCCGGGCACAUCUGGCCAACCACGACGAUCUCAUCUCCAAGUCUUUUCAAGGAAGCCAAGGUCGGGCAUAUUUAUUCAACUCUGUAGUGAAUGUUGGAUGUGGUCCAGCAGAAGAACGGGUACUGCUGACAGGCCUGCAUGCUGUGGCUGACAUAUACUGCGAGAACUGCAAGACCACACUUGGAUGGAAAUAUGAGCAAGCCUUCGAGACAAGCCAGAAAUAUAAGGAGGGAAAAUACAUCAUUGAACUCAACCACAUGAUCAAGGAUAAUGGCUGGGAUUGAAAAACAAAGAAGAAUCAUCCCACCACCUUUGGACAACAACUUGGAGGGGUGGAGCAUAAGAAAUGACAAUUUCCACCAAACCUGCCUCUGCCUUCCUAACCAAUGGGCUGCCAUCCAAAUCACCUCCAGAUGCAUCUGAACUGUGAAGGAGGAGGCAGAGCUUCUGCCAGGACAUACUCAUGGCUUGGAGAUGUCGCCAUCCUGUGGCAAAAGGUGGCAGCACGCAAGGAGACACCUAGGCCCGGGGCAGUGUGCAAGCGGGGGGGGGGGAGGAGGAGAAUAGUGUCGGGUUUGUUGUACAGAAGGAGUCUGUGUGUUUGUGUUUUCACGCAAAGAGGGCAAAUGCAAAGUGGGGCUGGGAAGGGAUGGGUUGUACAGUAUUUGUGAGUUUGUGUGAGUAUGUAUUAUAUAAAUAAAAGCAUUGAAGUGA